GUUUCUGGCCUGGAAAAUAGGGACCGAAACUAAAUUAUGCACCUUUAAAAAUGUAUUUUGUUGUAGAACAAUGGAAGAUCAUAAAUGUAAAGCCAUCUCAGCUGGGCCCGAGCUAUCAACAAAAUAUUGAAGAGAUGCUUCGUAACCAAGUGGAAGGCCAUUGUAGUUCUAAAUAUGGAUAUGUAGUGUGUGUUAUUCGUAUUAUUCAGAAUGAAGUUGGGCGUGUGCAAGAUGGCACAGGGAUGAUCGUAGUUAACGUUAAGUAUCAAGCCAUUGUUUUCAAACCAUUCAAAGAUGAGGUGCUAGAUGCUAUUGUGACGGAUGUUAACAAAUUAGGUUUUUUUGCUCAAGCAGGACCAUUAAAGGCAUUUGUUUCAAGAACAGCGAUACAACCCAGUUUUGUAUAUGAUAGCGAUGCUGCUAAUCCUUGUUACACUGAUGGGACUAUUAGCAUCAAACCACAAACUGAGGUUCGUAUGAGAAUUCAAGGUAUACGAUACGACAAUUCAAACAUGUUUGCCAUCGCAACCGUGAAUGCGGACUAUUUAGGUGCUUUUGAAAAUUAUGGAAAUGGUUGAAAGCUUUUUUGCAAAAUUUCCUCAGGUUCA